CGUUGGCUCUUUCUUUCCACCAACUGUUCCCUCCCACAUUCUCAUUUUCACCCACCUUUUCUUCUUUCUCUCCAUUUAAAGCUUGUCUCUCUUCUCACAAUAUCUCUAAUUAUUCUUCUCCACAGUCUGAUCCAUCGUUUCUUUGAAAAUAUGGAGAGCCAAAACAACGGCAAGGUGAGUGCAGUUGAUGGAGUAGGAAGCAAGAGGGAGGUGGCCAUGCCAAGAAAAGUGAGUAGCUGUGACUUGAUUCUGAGGGUUUUGGCUCUGCUGCUGACGCUUGUAGCUGCCAUAGUUCUUGGGGUGGAUAAGCAGACUAAGGUUGUUCCAAUUCAGAUCGCACCAACCUUGCCUCCUCUAAACGUUGAAGCCCAGGCAAAGUGGCAUUACUUGUCUGCGUUCGUGUACGCCAUGGUGUCAAAUAUCAUAGCAUGCUCCUAUGCUGCAGUAUCUAUACUCAUGGCGAUGGGAACCCGAAAUGCAAAGAAAGGACUGGCACAAACCGUCGUCCUCCUCCUCGACCUGGUCAUGGUGGCAUUGCUAUUCUCCGCCAACGGAGCUGCCUUCGCCAUCGGCCUGAUGGGCUACAAAGGCAACUCCCACGUCAGAUGGAACAAAGUCUGCAACGUUUUCGACAAAUUCUGUAAACAGGUUGCCGUCUCCGUUGUUUUGUCUAUACUUGGUUCGGUAGCCUUCAUGCUUUUGGUAGCCCUCGCUGCUGUCACCCUCCAUAAGAGAUGCAAGUAAAACUGGAAUGAAUGUUUUUAUGUAGAAUUAAAAUAAAAUCAUGUGAAGAUAAUCCUGUUUUAAUAUAUAUUUAUCAUUUAUUGUUGUGGGGAUUUCCUUCUCUUCCUAUAUUUCGAAUGAAUUUUCGUUCUUGUCGCGAAA